GGGGGCUGGCAGGUUUGGACAGUAGUGACUGGAUCCGUGCGGGAUGGAUGGAUCGUCUGGGUAGCGUCAGGCGUAGUCAGGCAGGUAAGGUCAGCAACGUGCGGGGCAGUGAGGUACCGGAGGAGCAGGCAGAGAAUAGUCAGGGUCACAAGCCGGGUUCAGUAACUCAUGGGCAGCGCGGUACAGAGGAUCAGGCAGAAGGAUGGUCAGGCAAGCCAGGGAGGUCACAGGAUACCAGGCACAGGGGCUCAUGGGAAACAUACACCAAGGCACUGACUGCAGGUCUGGCCAUUCCUUAA